AACAAUGGAGCAGUAUUAAUAAAAGUUCCCUACAAAUUAGGAUUAAGCUUAACUAUUGUAUCAUACAAGGAUGGCUAUAUGUUAACACCUUUGCCUUGGAAGACUGGGAGAAUGCCAAUAUACUCGUCUGUGACACUUUCAUUAUUCCCACAAAGUCAAGCUAAUAUAUGGCUGUUUGAAGAUACUGUCUUAAUUACUGGAAAACUGUCUGAUGCCAAAUCUCAACCAAGUGUUCAGUUUCCAAAAUUUUUAAUAAAGCUUCCAACAAAUCACCACAUUACAAAUGUUACAGCCUAUCUGACAGUGCCAGAGCAAUUUUUCAAAGUGGACAGCUUUCUCUAUACAACAGGAAUUCUUCUAAAUAAAUCAGGUUUCAAAAGCGUGGAAUUAGCUCCUCUUGCUGCAAUAUGCGUAAAUGUUCUUUUGACUGGGAAAGAACUGAAAGUAAAUGGUCCCAUUCAGAUUACACUUCCUCUUCCCACAAGUACUGUAAAAUCAGGAGAUGCUAUACCUGCAUGGACAUUCGAUAUGAAAACUGGUGCUUGGGUAAGCCGUGGGCUAGGAAUGGUAAAGGAAGCAGAUGGUCAAUUAGUAUGGACUUAUACUGCUCAACACUUAGGCUACUGGAUAGCAGCUCCACUGCCUGGAACCAGAGAAUCCAUUAUUAGUGCGGUUUCCAAGGACAUAACAGCCUAUCACACAGUGUUCCUUACGGCCAUACUGGGAGGUACAGUUGUCAUUAUCAUUGGAUUUUUUGCUGUUCUUCUUUGUUACUGCAGGGAUAAAUGUGGUCGGACGCAAAAGAAGGAAAAAAAUACAACUAAGCUGGAGGUCAUAAAAAAAGACCAGACAACAUCAACAACUCACAUAAAUCACAUCAAUGCUGUCAAAGGGCCUUUAAAGUUGGAGGAUAAGUCACAGUUAUAUACACCGAAGAUUUCUUCAUACAGCCCUCAAAGAAGGAUGUCCAUAGAUACGGAAGAUGGAAAAUCACGAGACAAUUUUAAAAUCUACACAGAGGAUGCUUCUGGUCAGUCAAGAAAUUCAGCCCAUUCAUUGGAGCCUAAUGUUGGAGUUAGGCACCUACAGCAGCCAAAGCAUAGUAACAGUACUAUUUCCCAGGCUUCUAGGGACAUUCAAGACCAAAACAGAUACCUUUCACUGAAAGAGGAGAUGUAUGGGCUUUCCCAUAUUCCAGAACAUCUAAUGCAUAUUUACAAUCAACCUAUUGCUAUUCUUCAAACCUCUGACCUUUUCCACUCCCCAGAACAAUUGCAUCCUGCUAAAUCAGCAACUUUGCCAAGAAAAGGGCAGUUAGUGUAUAGCCCCAUGAUGGAACCCAUGAAUCGCGACAGUUACAUGCAAACGUUACCAAAAAUGCCAGUGCACUCUCAUCCACAGCCUUCUGUCUGCAGAGAUGAAAACAGUACAUUAGAUAGUGAAGAGGGCUUACCUUCUCAAACGUCAAACUGGGGCCGGUACACUAAUAGCUUACUGGAAUCUGUCUCUGUUCCUGGGACAUUGAAUGAAGCAGUUGUAAUGACUCCAUUUUCAUCUGAACUUCAAGGUAUUUCAGAACAAACAUUAUUGGAACUCUCUAAAGGAAAACCAUCUCCGCACCCUCGAGCAUGGUUUGUGUCUCUGGAUGGAAAGCCCAUUGCUCAAGUGAGGCAUUCUUUCAUAGAUCUGAAAAAGGGCAGGAAAACAGAGAGUAACGAUACCAGUCUGGACUCUGGUGUGGACAUGAAUGAGCAUCAUCCUAGUAGGAAACUGGAGAGAGAGAAAACUUUCAUAAAAAAUAUGCCGCAUUCUAAGAUCCUUUACUUGGAAGAUCUGGAUCUGAGUAGCAGUGAAAGUGGGACCACUGUUUGCACUCCAGAGGACCAGGCUUUGAGGCACAUUCUGGAUGGAGGGAAUGGGCCAGUCAUAGAACAGCAUGAUGAAGAAGGUCUAAGAAGAAAAACUCUGUCAGGAAGUCAUGAAUCUGGUAUCCCUUCUGCUAAAAAAAGGGAUAGACCGUCUAUCGCAAAAAGAGAUAGCAAAACCAAUAUCUGGAAGAAAAGAGAGGAGAGGCCACUUAUUCCCAUAAAUUAA